AUGUCUUGGUUGUCCUGGCUUUUCACUCUGAGGCUGUGCUCAGCCCCGUCCCUGCUCCUUGUGGGGCUUGUGGGCAGACAGCUGGGGCUCAGGAUGGGACUGCAGCUGGUUCAGACAGCGACUUGUUCUCGGUGGGGUACACCGAGCGAUCAGGGUCUGUUCCAGGAUGGAGAUGUAGUUAUCGGUGGGCUCUUUAGUCUUCAUUACAAGCCUCCUUCAACAAACCACGACUUCACUCAUCUGCCGCACUACAAAGCUUGCACUGGUUUGGGAAAUCUCCCAUUACAGUAUCUGUAUGCUAUGGUGUUUGCGCUGGAGGAAAUCAAUCAUAGUACAACCUUGCUGCCGGGUGUGAAGCUGGGCUAUCAUAUUCGUGAUAGUUGUGCCCUACCCCCUUGGGUUAUACAGGCAAUACUAUCGCUGGUUGGAGGAGACAGCGCCAGCUGUUAUUCAGCAGCCCCACUAGGCUAUUCUGCUGGGGAUGGAGAGGGAAUUGGAGAAAGGAGAGGUGAUCGGCCUGUUCCUGUGAUCAUUGGUGGUUCCUCGUCUAAAACAGCCAAGAUACUCUCCAGACUCCUGGGGCCACUCUCCAUGAGCUACACGGCUAGCUGCCCCUGUCUGAGUGACAGGCUCCAGUAUCCUAACUUCUUCAGGACCAUGCCCAGUGAUAUCUACCAAGCCCGGGCCAUCGCCCAGCUAGCCAUGCGCUUUAAUUGGACCUGGAUCGGGGCAGUGGUAGCAAACAAUGAUUAUGGCCAUAUGGCAAUAAAGGUAUUUCAGGAGGAGACUCAGGGGGCAGGGGUGUGUCUGGCAUUCGUAGAGACUCUCGAAAGGGAAAACAUUGUGAGCGAUGCCAGACGAUCAGCCCUGACAAUCCAGGCCUCGACUGCAAAAGUGAUUCUGAUCUUUACCUGGUACACAGAUGUGAGGGAACUGUUCCUGCAACUCGCCAAGACGAAUGUCACUGACAGACAGUUUCUGGCCAGUGAGGCUUGGAGCACCAGUGGAGAUCUUCUCCAAGAUCCUGUCACUUCUGAAGUGGCAAAAGGUGUUCUUGGUGUGGCCAUUCGAAGUUCAGCUAUACCCGGAUUUGAAAAUUAUAUCAGAAGUUUGAACCCAUCUCGUCGUCCUGACGAUAAGUUCUUAAGAGAAUUCUGGGAAAAGAUGUUUGGUUGUAGUCCUGGGACCACACCACUGUCUACCACUUCUCUACCACUCUGCAGUGGGACAGAGUCCCUGGAGGGAGUGCAGAAUCACUUCACUGACAUCUCUCAGCUAAGGGUGACAUAUAAUGUCUACCUGGCUGUUUAUGCUACAGCCCAGGCCCUUCACAGCCUUCUCUCCUGCAACAGAUCCACCUGCUCCUCCCCAAAACACAUCAAACCCAUAGAGUUGUCGUACCACUUGAACAACGUGAAUUUCACCACACCACAGGGUGAAAUGUUCUACUUCCAAGGAGGCGACAUCCCAGCAAAGUAUGACCUCAUCAACUGGCAGAACACCCCUGAGGGGUCACUCAAACUGGUUUUGAUCGGCCGUGUGGACGGGUUUGACCUCCGCCUUGAUGAGUCGGCUAUUCGGUGGAGCACAGGAUCCACUCAGGUGCCCGUUUCAGUGUGCAGUGAGAGCUGCCCCCCAGGCACCCGAAAGGCCAACAGGAAAGGAGAACCUCUCUGCUGCUUUGACUGUAUCUCAUGUGCUGAAGGGGAGAUUAGCAAUCAAACCGGUUCCCUUCACUGCGAACGUUGUCCAUCAGAGUUCUGGUCAAAUGUUAAACGAACUGCCUGCAUCCCUCGCCAGCUGGACUUCCUUUCCUUUAAUGAAACCUUGGGCAUCACCCUGACUACAGUAGCUGUGUCUGGUGCCGCGGUGACAACAGCUGUGUUUGUUGUUUUUCUGUACUACCGUCAAACACCUAUGGUGCGAGCCAACAAUUCAGAACUGAGCUUCCUGCUUCUCCUGUCGCUGAAGUUCUGCUUCCUGUGCUCGCUGGUGUUCAUCGGUCGUCCGUCAGUCUGGGCUUGUCGGUUCCAGCAGGCAGCUUUUGGGAUCAGCUUUGUACUCUGUGUUUCCUGCCUCCAAGUCAAGACCAUAGUUGUUCUGGCAGCUUUCCGCUCAGCACGGCCCGGUGCCGAAACCUUGAUGAAGUGGUUUGGUCCGGGCCAACAGAGAGGAAGUGUCUGCCUCUUUUUAUCUAUACAGGUCAGAGUUUUCAUCUGUAUUAUUUGGCUAUCGCUCAGCCCCCCUGUGCCUCAAGCUGACCUGGAUAUCCCAGGGUUAAAGGUCACCCUGGAGUGUGCCAUGGCCUCUGUGGUGGGCUUCUCUCUGGUUCUGGGUUACAUUGGUCUGCUGGCCUGCACCAGUCUCCUCUUGGCCUUUCUUGCUCGGAAACUCCCUGACAAUUUCAACGAGGCCAAACUGAUCACCUUCAGCAUGCUGAUAUUCUGUGCUGUCUGGAUAGCUUUUGUCCCUGCUUACGUUAGCUCUCCUGGAAAAUAUGCUGUUGCUGUAGAGAUUUUUGCAAUCCUGGCCUCUAGCUAUGGUUUACUUUUCUGUAUCUUUGCUCCAAAGUGUUUUAUCAUUCUGUUGAGGCCUGAGAAAAACACUAGGAAACACCUGAUGGCCAGGUAGCAGAGAAAAUUAACAAUGCACCUCUAAGUCAUUAAGUCCUUAUCAGUCUGCCUGCAUUUAUUUUUUUGUAUAUAGCACUGUCUCAUAAAAAAAGCAGUAAUAUUUUCUUUCUGAUUAGUAAUUAACCUCUGAUAAUAUCUGCUGGCUACUAUUAGUUUUUUGACAAAUUAUGUCAGGUGUAUACACACAGACAACUGAAUAGUUUGUGCUAUAGUUAUAACAUUUUUCAAAAUAAUCAAAAUUGAAACUAUAGCCCUUUUUUAUGACUUCAAUAUGUUCAACUAAUACUAAUGAAACAC